AUGACCGCCAAGUUCAACCGCCUCCGUGGCGUCAACGUCGACGACAACGACGACUCGCCGCAAGCCACCACCCCUGCGCCGGAGAGAAACGCCAUGGCUCCGCCCGCGGAUGGUCAACCUGCGGGCGCGGGUCGUGUGCCCAAGCCGGCUGCCUCAAACAGUCCAACCGAGGCGCCACCUGCGCUGAUGCAUACGAGCCAGAGACCUACCACAAAGCAUGCGUCGGCCAAGCGCCCACGAUACCAGUACGAUAGCGAUGGCUCAGACCAAGACGAGCCGUCUUCGGCGAAUGCCACGCCCACGCUGCCUGCCGCCUCAAUGAGCGACGUCGCGCGACUUAAAGCGGGCAUGGACCUGGCACCGGCGCUCGUCGAUCACUAUCUCGAGCUCCUCCAAGGACAUACGCACAAUGGCAUUUGCGACGAGACCAAGCGGGCAUGCCGCAUGCUUCCUGCCUCGGUGCUCUCGUCGCUCAUGGGGUCGGGCGACCCACAGCCAUCGCCGGCGACGUACCAGCACCUUCUCGACGCCGAGAUCAUCGUGCUGCCUCUCUUUUAUGAGGAUCACUGGAGCGUGACUAUGGUCUUUGGCCUUCAUGCCACCGCGAAUCAGCCUCCGGUGAUUGUGUUCGUCGACACGUUUGACAGUCCGCACCGCGAGGCUGCGGUUCGAACCCACGUGGCCGACUUUCUCAUCGCGAUGCAUCGCGCCAGCCGUAUGGACGAGACGGCCACGCUCGCGUUGCACAACGCCUAUGUCAAGGCGCCGUUUCACGACAACCCGAAUGACAGCGGGCUCUGGAUGCUGCGCAAUGUGGAGCGAGCGCUGGGCGCCUGCACCAACACGCGCAAGAUCUGCCCUUCGGUGUUUGCGACCAACUAUAACAACGUGACGCUCAAGCAUCAUGUCCGCAAAGAUGUCCAACGCGUGCAAUACUCGUUCCACGACGCUCAUGGUGUCGACUACGCGGGAGACUCGAUCUACAACCGACGCAAGGCGAUGAUCGUCAUUAGCCUAAGAUUAACCCGGUGA